AUGAAGUUCCUCAACGUACCAAUCGCAAUUGCUGCGGCGGCAAUCUUAUUAUUACCUUGCGAAGCCAAGCUAGGCCAUGGACUUUCCCAUCUCGAUAUCUUACAAAAACGGCACUCUCAUAAUAGAAUUCAUGCAUCACCACGAGCAGAAGAUUCUAAGAACUUGUUACAAAAGCGUGGUACUUGCGAAUUUCCAACGGACGCUGGAUUGGUUGCUGUUACACCCAACUCUAAAAAUGCAGGAUGGGCAAUGAGUCCAGAUCAGGCUUGUACUCCAGGCUCAUAUUGUCCGUAUGCUUGCCCUCCUGGUCAAGUCAUGGCGCAAUGGAAUCCAAAAGCCACUUCAUACACUUAUCCAUUGUCUAUGGAUGGAGGAUUAUACUGCGACUCGAACGGCAAAGUUAGCAAACCAUUCUCCAAUCAACCUUAUUGUGUGUCAGGAACGGGUACAGUUGGAGUCGUAAACAGCUGUGGUGGACCGGUUUCGUUUUGUCAGACGGUCCUACCUGGGAAUGAGGCUAUGUUAAUUCCAACAUCAGUGGAUGGAUCCUCAAAAUUGGCGGUUCCAGGUACAAGCUACUGGUGUGAAACCGCAGCUCACUAUUAUAUCAAUGCUCCAGGUGUCUCGACUGCCGAUGCUUGUAUUUGGGGUGAUGGUUCAAAACCUAUCGGAAAUUGGGCUCCAUAUGUUGCCGGAGCUAACACUGUCGCCAACGGUGAUACCUACCUUAAAAUUGGUUGGAACCCAAUUUGGACAUCCUCCUCCCUUUCAGAUACCAUGCCUACUUUUGGUAUCAAAAUCGAAUGUUCUGGGUCUGGAUGUAAUGGGCUUCCUUGUUCAAUUGAUCCAUCAGUUGAUGGAAUUGGUGGAGUUACCAGCGCCGAUCAAGCUUCAGGGGCUGGAGGUGCCAACUUUUGUGUUGUUAAUGUUCCUUCAGGCCUAACUGCUGAUGUUGUGGUGUUUGAGCUUGGCGGUUCUGGAUCUUCGGCUUCCUCGUCAUCUAAAGCUGCUUCAAGCAGUGCUUCGCCAACUCCUUCACCAACCCCGACACACAGCUCAUCAUCUUCGAUUCCAACUACUUCGUCGACCCCACCUCCGUCAACUAGCAGUACUAUCUCGUCUACAUCUACAUCCGCAUCUACAUCUUUUUCUUCUUCUUCUUCUUCUUCUUCUUCUUCUUCUUCUUCUUCUUCUUCUUCUUCUUCUUCUUCUUCUUCUUCUUCUUCUUCUUCUUCUUCUUCGUCUUCUUCGUCUUCCUCCUCCUCAUCCUCAUCCUCCUCCUCCUCCUCUUCUUCUUCCUCCUCUUCUUCUUCUUCCUCCUCUUCCUCUACCUCUUCCGCAAUCUUAUCCUUGUCGAUUUCUACCAAAGCGAGCCAAGCUUCCUCACUUUUCAGCCACACAACGACCUCUAUUGUUGCUUCUGCCUAUCCAACCGACGAAGCUCACGUGUUUCUUCAAGCUGGAAAUUCUACUGUUGGCGCAUCGAGUGUUUCCCUAGCCCAAACAGUGUCCAGCACUGGCACCGGCACUAGAGCAAUGAGUCCAAUCGCAAGUGCCGCCGAAACCGCCUCUGCAACAGCGUCAAGUACCAAGAAAUCGGCAGCUACAUCAACUGAAUUAUCGAAUUCGAUAUUUGGCCUCGUCUUACUCCUUACCAUCGGCUGCUUAAUCUGAUCACUGCCAUUUGAUGAUACUCUAUCUUCAUUCUCAUCGUAUAAUUUCUCAUCUCCUGGAUGUCUUUUCAAAUACAAUUUUCUAAUACGCCUGGACCACGUAAUAUUUUCACCGGCUUCGCCCCUAUCAUGACUUCACUUUCUGUCCAACACAUACAUUCUUAUAUUACUUUUGCUC